UUCUGUGCCCCGCUGCCAGCGGGAAACGAGCCGUGCCUUACCCUCGCCGUCUGUUCGGUGGCGGCGUGUGACGGGCCUUGACGUCACGCGUAGUAGAACCCUGCGGCUGACAACGCGAGCGGUGCCCGCGGCCAGGGAAGCAGCGCUGCCUGGAGUGAGGUUAAAGUACAGCGCCGGUUUGGUUCUGGCUCUAACACUAAACGAACGAGUCGUGUGUGGAAGUACGUAGCUCCUUGGAUAGAGAGCAGGAAUUUCAUUUUUUCCUGACUGAAGGUAAAUCUUGCCCGUGGGAGCCUUGAAGCGCUACAUCCGUACAUCUUUUCCUCACUUGUGUUGCAGGUUGAAGCUCGUGCUGCAGUCGCUCUUACGGACAUGUGAAAGUUGCUGUUGUGUGGCUGUAUCUUAACUGAAGACUUCUCCCAUUCGGUGUUCCCUUCUGAACGUGGUAGGAUAUAGCUAGGGAAAUAUUUGAUCAUGCGUCACCUCCCGAGAUAGCUACGCAUAAAGAAAAUUCUAGAAAAGUGAAGCUGGAAGAUCAGCAAUCAAGAGCAUAAAAAUGUUGUGCUGGGGAAAUGCGUCGUUUGGACAACUUGGACUGGGUGGAAUUGAUGAAGAGAUUGUUUUAGAACCCAGAAAAAGUGACUUUUUCUUAAAUAAAAGGAUCAGAGAUGUGGGGUGUGGACUAAGACACACUGUUUUUGUCCUGGAUGAUGGGACUGUUUAUACGUGUGGAUGCAAUGACCUAGGACAACUAGGGCAUGAAAAAGCCAGGAAAAGACCUGAGCAUGUUGGUGCCCUGGAUGCCCAAAAUAUUGUAGCUGUAUCAUGUGGAGAAGCCCACACUCUUGCAUUAAAUGACAAGGGUCAGGUAUAUGCUUGGGGUCUGGCUACUGAUGGACAGCUUGGCUUGCCUGGAACUGAAGAAUGCAUCAGAGUGCCCAGAAAUAUUAAAAGCUUAUCAGAGAUACAAAUUGUGCAAGUUGCUUGUGGUUAUUAUCACUCACUUGCACUCUCAAAAGGAAGUGAAGUGUUUUCCUGGGGACAAAAUAAAUAUGGCCAGCUGGGCUUAGGUUACGAGUAUAAAAAACAAAACUCCCCACAUGUGAUUAAAUCUCUGCUGGGAAUCCCUUUUGCACAGAUUGCAGCAGGAGGAGCUCACAGUUUUGUAUUAACUCUUUCUGGAGCCAUCUUUGGAUGGGGACGCAACAAAUUUGGACAGCUGGGUCUUAAUGAUGAUAAUGACAGGUAUGUUCCUACCCUGCUGAAGUCACUGAGAACUCAGAAGGUUGUUCAUAUAUGUUGUGGAGAAGAUCAUACUGCUGCCCUUACAAAGGAAGGUGGGGUUUUUACAUUUGGAGCUGGAGGCUAUGGUCAGUUGGGACACAACUCUACCAGCCACGAGAUAAACCCAAGGAAAGUUUUUGAACUGAUGGGAAGUCUUGUCACACAGAUAACUUGUGGCAGGCAGCACACUACUGCAUUUGUUCCUUCGUCUGGAAGAAUUUACUCUUUUGGACUUGGAGGUAACGGGCAAUUAGGUACAGGAACAACCAGUAAUAGGAAAAGUCCCUUCACAGUAAAAGGAAACUGGCUUCCUUACAGUACUCAGUGCCUGAUCCCUGCAGACAGUGAGCAGUAUUAUUGCGUGAAAAGAAUUUUCUCUGGUGGGGACCAAAGUUUUGCACACUACUUUUAUCCACAGAACAUGGUGCCACCAGAUGACUUCAGGUAUCCUGACCUUUUGAAGCAGAUCUGGACUGUGAAUGAAACGUUUAUUCAAAGAUUGCUGACUUUCCCAUCUGGAAGGCUUCCUGUAGAGAUAGCUAAUGAAAUUGAUGGUACGUUCUCCUCAGCUGGGUGCCUGAAUGGGAGCUUUUUGGCUUUGAGCAAUGACGAUCAUUACAAAACCAGCGUUAGAUUCUCAGGGGUUGAUAUGAAUGCUGCUAGACUACUAUUUCACAAACUUAUACAGCCUGACCACGCUCAUAUAUCACAACAGGUGGCAGCUAGUUUGGAAAAGAAUCUUAUUCCAAAAUUGAGCAGCUCCUUACCAGAUGUUGAAGCUUUAAGGCUGUAUCUCACUCUACCAGAGUGCCCGUUGAUGAGUGAUGCAAACAAUUUCACAACAUUAGCUAUUCCAUUUGGAACAGCAAUUCUGAAAUUAGAAAAAGCUCCUUUAAAAGUUCUUGAAAAUUGGUGGUCUGUACUUGAACCUCCGUUGUUCCUCAAAAUAGUGGAACUCUACAAGGAUGUUGUGGUCCACCUCUUGAAGUUGUAUAAGAUUGGCAUUCCUCCAGCUGAAAGAAGAAUAUUUACAAACUUUCUACACACAGCUUUCAGAGUUCUAGAAAUACUGCACAGGGUAAACGAAAGAGGACAAGUUAUCCAGUAUGACAGAUUUUAUAUUCAUGAAAUACAAGAUUUGAUAGAUAUCAGAAAUGACUAUGUCAACUGGGUCCAGCAGCAGGUAUUUGGAAUGUUAACAGACAUGCCUGUUACCAUUUGCACGUACCCAUUUGUUUUUGAUGCCCAGGCAAAGACAACUCUUCUGCAAACAGAUGCAGUCAUGCAGAUGCAGAUGGCUGUUGAUCAAGCUCACAGGCAGAAUUUGUCUUCUCUUUUUCUGCCAGUAUUUGAAUCUGUUAACCCAUGCCUGAUAUUAAUGGUGAGGAGAGACAAUAUUGUAGGAGAUGCUGUGGAAGUCCUAAGGAAAACGAAGAGUGUAGACUACAAGAAGCCAUUGAAGGUUAUUUUUGUAGGGGAAGAAGCUGUUGAUGUUGGAGGUGUUCGCAAAGAAUUUUUUCUGCUCAUAAUGAGGGAGUUGCUAGAUCCCAAAUACGGAAUGUUCAGGUAUUAUGAAGAGUCCAGGCUGAUCUGGUUCUCUGAUAAGACCUUUGAAGACAGUGACUUGUUUCAUUUGAUUGGUGUUGUCUGUGGGCUAGCAAUAUAUAAUUUUACUAUUGUAGACCUUCACUUCCCUUUGGCUUUGUAUAAAAAGCUGUUGAAUAAGAAGCCAUCCCUGGACGAUUUAAAAGAGUUGAUGCCGGAUGUUGGCAGGGGAAUGCAGCAAUUACUGGACUAUCCAGAGGAUGACAUAGAAGAGGCAUUUUGUCUUAAUUUUACUAUCACUGUGGAAAAUUUUGGUACAACAGAAAUUAAAGAACUUGUUCCUAAUGGUGCUGACAUUCCUGUAGUCAAACAAAAUAGGCAAGAUUUUGUAGAUGCAUAUGUGGAUUACAUCUUCAAUAAAUCAGUAGCUUCCUUAUUCAGUGCAUUCCAUGAAGGCUUCCACAAAGUAUGUGGAGGUAAAGUUCUUCAGCUCUUCCAGCCCAGCGAGUUGCAAUCAAUGGUAAUUGGGAACACAAAUUAUGAUUGGAAAGAACUGGAGAAGAAUACGGAAUACAAAGGAGAAUACUGGGCAGACCAUCCUACAAUUAAAAUAUUCUGGGAGGUUUUUCAUCAGUUGCCUUUGGAGAAGAAAAAACAGUUUUUGUUGUUUCUGACAGGCAGUGAUCGUAUUCCAAUCCUUGGAAUGAAGUGUCUUAAACUAGUCAUCCAGCCAACAGGAGGUGGAGAAGGUUAUCUUCCGGUAGCUCACACUUGCUUUAAUCUUCUUGAUCUUCCAAAAUACACAGAUAAAGAAACGCUAAAAUCUAAGCUGAUCCAGGCUAUAGAUCACUAUGAAGGUUUCAGUUUAGUAUAACUUCAGAAAUGAGAGAGAUCUGUGUAAAGUGGGAUCAUUAAACUAACUUCUUGUGUCUUUUUUGUGGUGGUAAAUUCAGUGGAUUAAAUGAUGGAGAUGAUAAUAUAAUUGAUUAUUUGCAAAAUGUUAAGUGGUAUGGUUAUUCACUGGAGCCAAAAAAAAAAAAGGGGGGGACAAAAAUGAGGAACUGUCUUAAUAACUCUUGUACAAAACCAUGUUGAUUUUCUCAUCUUGCAAUAAAAUGAGAGUAUUGUGAGUGGGAGUCAAGUUUCACUAACAUGAAUUAACACUUCAUCUUAUGCAGACAAUUUGGCGUGUGAGUGCAUGAGAGACUUGCUUAAGUUUUUCAAAUCAGUUAGUAAGAAUAUUUAAGUCCCUGAUAAAUUCACUUGGUUACUUUUCAUUUUGUAAAUAAUAAAUUUUUGUGAUAAAAUAAUUAUGUUCCAAUAGCAGUAUGGUUUCUAUUGCUUGUAAUUAAAUAUGAGCUUAUUUUAUGGCUUUUAACAAAAAGAGUGACUACUCUGAUUUCUGAAGAUAUAUUUUUCUGGUUUGUUUUAAGAACCUUAAUAAUGAAAAUUAUUGUUUGAAAGACAUUCAUCUUCACAGUGUACAAUCCAACAAGUUCCAUGAAGCAGUCACUUUAAUGCUGAUUAAAAAAAAAAAAAAGCCAACAAUGAAAACGCAUCAAAAACCUGCAUAGAAUGGCAUUUUUAAUACAUGGAUGGACGAGUUGACUUAAAACAUUGCUUUAUUUUUAAGGACUGAUUCUGUAAGUGGACGCAAUUAUAAAGGAGGUUAAUUUAUCACUGGGAACCUCUGCAGCCAUGUGUCAAGAAUGCAGCUUAAAAGAAAAAGAUGCUCCCGACAGUUGUUGCUGUCAAGAGGUUAAACAUUUAUUUUUAAAUGCUGAAAGUGUAGUUUAUGGUUUCUAAUACAAUUUUCACUUUUUUCCAGAUAAAUGCAUUUGAAAUAACUCUUUAACACCCUUUUCCCCUUUUCUUAAGAUUUUAUUUUUAGUAUAAAUACCAUGAGACAACUGUGCUUAGCUGGACACUUUUGGAGUUGACUUUCCUUCUCUGGUUAAAUUCCAGAUUUUGUGGUGUUAAUGCAUAUGAUGUGACUUGCAGCUGUGAAACAAAUAUUUAUUUUUUUUAGAUUUUUAAAUGCAGUGACAAAAAAAAAUUCAAGCUAUAAUAAAAGUCUUGAAUGAAAA